AUGUCUUUCCGAACGUCCAUAAACACUAACAAUCCCUCCUCUGCCUCUGGCGUCGACCCCUCUCAUGUUACGACUCAGGGAACCUCAAGGUCAGGGUCUGAUGCUAUCUUCAGGAAUCCAGAUGGAAGUGUCGUCUCCCAGUCAGAGAGACAAGGUUGGAUCAAGCCCGACCAGCCUGAUGAACAGGUCCUGGCCACAAAGCCUACUUUGGCCCAAAUCGCAACUUACGUCACGAAUCAGGUCAAAUUCACCGACAAAAACUACAAUACUCGAUUUGCCGGGUUUCAUCAGUCGUUUUUGGCCGCUGUGAAAGUCUUCGAUGCUGCUUUCAAAGAACUCUUUGUACCACAAGUUGAUUUGAAGUACCGCCUUCAAAACAACCUCACCGUCACUGCCAAGAACGCAGUCGAACAGCGCAUCUCGAUAGAGGACGAAGGUGCUUAUCCCAAGCUUUGGGAUGCAUUCCAAGCCUUAGGUGGCUUGCAAGAUCCGUACAACCAAGCCCGCGGGGAAGCUUCUAAGGACGAAGUACCCGAGGAGCAUAAGCCAAUAUGGUUGAAGAGAUGUGAUGGCUACCGAAAGUUGAUGUGGUGUGCCAGGAAUAUCCUCAUUGAAGUUAUCAACGCCAUAGCGGAAGGCACCCUCGUCGCUAGGACUGAAGUCGAACUCGGAGGUGCCGUCACUUGGACUGGCUCUUGGCUUCCCAAGGGCAUUCCCCCGGAUGCAAGUGUUGCCCCACCCCUUGUCGAUGACGGAUCCACUAUUUCACUUACUAUCACUUUCCUCACCCAACUUGCCCAACACAACCACUUCACCAUGUCUCUUCCGCCUUCUUCCUUCGUUCACACGGGCAAUAGCUCAUCUGUUGCUGAUCCAACCAUUCAGACAAAUAGCGGUUUGACUGGUGGACAAUCCGCUUCCCAAGCUUCUAGAAGCCUGGGAAGUGCAAGUGAGGUCUCCCUGAAGACUAUGUUCGGUCAAGACGGGAAACCCUUGAAGUUCUAUCCGGCCGCCGACGAGGAUUACCAAUUGGAAAAGAAGUUCACGAGUUUGAGUGCCGUCUGGAAAUACAUGGGAGGGCCAAGCAAGUUGGUCAAGUUUGACAACAAGGCUACUAAAAAAGACUGGAAUGACAAUUGUCAACAACCGUUCGCAGACGCUUUGGCCAAGUUUGAAGAGGCUCUGCUGGUCCUAGUAGGGAAUCCGACUUGGAUGGUGAUCAUGUACAACAACGGGGCAUUGCUUUCACGGCCCACGGGAGAGCUGAAAUUCCUUUCGGCUGCCAGCGGGGACACCCUGCACAAGCUGUGGACUGCUUGGGCGACCUAUUACCACCUGCUUACACAAAACUGGGUAAUUAGAGGGAAGGAACUCCCAGCUGCAGAGAAGGAGCGUUGGCAGAUGAAAUUAUUUUGUUGUGAAAGGUUGUGCACAAUUGCCAAGAAAAACCUGCUCGAGUUUGUCGAUGUUAUUCGACCGGGAACGAUCGUGGGGGACAGGGGCAAUCAGGAACUAGAGGUCAGAUGGAAAGAUCCGCAUUACUGGCCUGAAGACGAACCCCUGCCCACCUAUCUUGCCGUUUUGAAUGAAGAUGACGUCCCGUCCCUAGCCGGCGGCGACACGAGUACUAUAGCAGAGAGUGAUGAUGGCAACUAG